CGGCGAACAUGGCGGCGGCCGAGGCGGUGGGGCGGGACGCUCUACCUGAGCACUGGUCCUACGGCGUCUGCGGGGACGGCCGGGUCUUCUUCAUCGACGACCUGAGCCGCUCCACGACUUGGCUGCAUCCUCGCACCGGGGAGCCCGUCAACUCCGGCCACAUGAUCCGCUCAGAUCUUCCCCGUGGCUGGGAGGAGGGAUUUUCAGAAGAGGGAGCCAGUUACUUCAUUGACCAUAACCAACAGACUACAACAUUUAAGCAUCCUGUGACUGGCCAGUUUUCUCCUGAAAACGUUGAAUUUAUUUUACAAGAGGAGCAUAAUUUACAUAUGUCCAAGCAUCCGAUAAACCAAAGACCCUCAAGCAUGGUCAGUGAAACAUCUACUGCAGUAACUACAUCCACUAUAGAUACAAAGCCCAGCUGUCAGGUGGUAAAAUCUGGCAAUAAAAUCCAUAGUUUUGGGAAAAGGGAUCAUGCUAUAAGGAGGAACCCUAAUGUCCCUGUUGUGGUAAGAGGCUGGCUUCAUAAACAGGAUAGCUCUGGAAUGAGGCUAUGGAAAAGGCGAUGGUUUGUGCUUGCUGAUUUUUGCUUGUUUUACUACAAAGACAGCAGAGAAGAGUCUGUUCUUGGGAGUAUACCAUUGCCUAGUUAUGUAAUAUCAUCAGUUGGAACUGAAGAUCAUAUAAACCGCAAGUACUCCUUUAAGGCUGUCCAUACGGGCAUGAGGGCAUAUAUCUAUAAUAAAAGUUCUGUUAUUGGCUCUCAGGCAGAACAUUCAGGGAUGCGCACAUACUACUUUAGUGCAGAUACUCAAGAAGAUAUGAACAGCUGGAUCCAGGCUAUGAAUCAAGCUGCCCUUAUGCAAACCUGUUCGUCACCAAAGAGAGAAACAGAAAAAAUAGAUCAGCAAGCUGUUCCUCAAGCCAAUCAUGUGGAUACCUGCAAAGAAUGUGCAAAGUUAAGCCCUGCUGAUGCACAAGGAAGUUAUAGGAAAUCACUUGAAAGCUCUAGAUAUGAAAAGCAGGAAGUAAUGAGGAGAGUAAGAGAAAAUGACCGUUACGCUGUCAGAAAGGACACUGUAGAAUCCAAGAGGAAGAAAUCUAAACAUCCGUUGAUGUCAGAGGGUGGCGGUCUGAAUCCUGAGGUAACAGUUUCUCGAUCCCAAGUUUCUCCGCUUGUUGAGAAGAAUGGAUUGCUUUCCAGUUCAUUAAAUACAACUGCUGGCCCAGUGGAGCAGAAUGGUACUGGGUUGUAUAAACGAGGAUUUGUCCCCAGACCGACUCAAGAUAAGCAGAAACAGCGGAAGCACAACUUGGCUCAUAUAGAGCACUGGGUAAAAGUCCAAAAAGGAGACAACAAAAGUCUUGCAUCUGACCAGAAUCGCCAAGUUCCCAGUCAUUCUGUCUCUUUUCCUGAAAAUUAUCACACCUUGCCAAAGAAUGCCAGGCAGCCUUCAGGAAAUUCACCUCCCCCAAAUCGCAAUUUGCCAAGUGAUUACAAAUAUGCCCAAGACCGAGUUAGCCAUCUGAAGAUGUCUCAUGAUGAGAGAAGAGCUAAUAAAGACGGUACUGUAUGGCAGCUAUACGAGUGGCAACAGAGGCAGCAGUUUAAACAUGGCAGUCCAACUGCCCCUGGUUUUUUAGGUUCUCCAGACUUUACAGACCAUGGUAAAGGAAGAAGCUCACUAGAUAUUCCGCGUUCUGUUUCUGUUCCUCCAUCUCCUUCUGAUAUACCUCCACCAGGACCCCCUAAAAUCUUUCUACCCAGGAGGCCACACACUCCUGCAGAAAGGGUUACUGUCAAGCCAUCGCAUGAGAGACAAACGAUUGACAUUCCUUUUGUGGGAUCACCAAGGAAGAUUCGAAAUCAUACUAUAAAGAACUCAGCACACAUGGACAGACGAUCCAUGCCUACAAUGGGAUAUAUGACCCAUACUGUAAGUGCUCCAAGUUUGCAUGGGAAAUCAGUUGAUGAUACCUACAUCCAGCUGAAGAAAGACCUAGAAUAUCUGGAUCUAAAGGUAACAGGACGUGACAUAAUAAAAGAACGAAAUACAAGACCUAUCAAGAUUGCAGAAAGUGAUAUUGACGUGAAGUUAAGUGUGCUCUGUGAACAAGACAGGAUACUGCAAGACUUAGAAGACAAAAUAAGAGCUCUUAAGGAAAAUAAAGAUCAGUUAGAAUCUGUCUUAGAAGUGUUACACAGGCAGAUGGAACAGUACAAAGAACAACCACAACACACAGAGAAAAUUUCAUACCAGCAAAGACUAUUGCAGGAGGAUCUUAUACAUAUUCGGGCUGAAAUAUCCAAAGUAUCUACAGAAAUGGAAAAUGCCUGGAACGAAUAUCUGAAACUGGAAAAAGAUGUAAACCAGCUGAAGCAAGCCUUACAGGAACAGAUGAAUAGAUCAUUUUUCCCUCAGGAGAGAACACAAAUGCAGAAAGAUUUAUGGAGAAUUGAAGAUGUUACAGCUGGCCUAAGUGCAAAUAAAUCCAACUAUAAAAUUAUCAUAGAGUCUGUUAAAAAUCCAGAGAGAAAAACAGUGCCUUCAUUUUCUAAGCCUUCAGUGCCUUCAUUAGCAUCUACUCUCACAUCAGCAAACAACAAUCUUUCUCCUCAGCGAAGUCCACCAUCUAGCCCUGUCAAAUCCUCUCUGGAAGUUAGACUCUUUCCUCAGCCUUACACACAGCCUAGAAUGUUUUCUUCAUCACAGCAACUGAAAAAAGUUGAGCCUUCAAUCCAGUCAUCUGUAAAAUUGAAGCCAAAGGUUGAAGAUGAAGCACCACCGCGACCGCCUCUCCCACAGUUGUAUAGUCCUGAUGACCACCCUCCAGCCAUCCCCCCUCUUCCCAGGGAAGCCACUGUAAUCAGGCACACGUCAGUGCGGGGACUGAAACGUCAGUCAGAUGAAAGGAAACGAGACCGGGAACUGGGACAGUAUGUGAAUGGAGAUUAUAGAGUAGAACUCCGCUCAUACGUCAGUGAACCUGAAUUGGCGACAAUAGGCAAUGAUCUGAGCCAGUCUUCCACUGGUUUUCUAGGUACUGACUGCAGAUACCAAACAUUACCUAUUAGAGGAUUAUCUGGCUCAACUUCCAGACUGCAUCAGUCGACAACUUCAUUUUAUGCAACGCUUCAAAGAGAUGGUUCCAAGGAGAGACCAAAGAGUGCCUUGGAACGGUUAUACUCUGGAGACCACCAAAGAGGCAAAAUGAGCGCUGAGGAACAACUAGAAAGAAUGAAGCGACACCAGAAAGCAUUAGUUCGUGAACGCAAGAGAACUCUUAGUCAAGGAGAAAGACAAUCUGUCUCAUCACGACCGUUCGUCCGGCCUGUUUCUGCAGACAUAGGCUCAUGGAAGCGGGAGCAAGAAUUUGACUUACAGCUACUGGAAAGGGCGGUACACCCAGAAGAAAAAGAGGAGAAUAGCUGGUUUAAAGUUGAUCCUGUAUCGGUGACAGAAGAAGACCUAGAACCUCAACAUUACACCUUAGAUAUUAGCAAAGAGUUAUCAAAACCUGAAAAGGUUGCUAUUCCAGAGCGUUAUGUUGAGCUGGAGCCUGAAGAACCCCUCACUCCAGAAGAAUUAGCAGCAAGGCUCCGUAAGGCAGAGAAAAUAAAGAAUAUUCUUACUAAAUCAAGUAUGCACAACCUACAGCUUCCAGUUUCGGAGGACAAACGCAACUCAGCUAAUUUAGAUUCACAGUUGCAAGAACAAGAGCGCAUCAUUACCAUAUCAUACGCACUGGCUUCUGAAGCCUCUCAGCGGAGCAAGGAGGUGGCAGCUAAAGCAGUAACCGAUCGCUGAUAUCUGGUAUAAACCAGCAACGACCGGAAGAAGGACAACAAGGAAGAUCACACACUUUGCUUCAUUAGCUUCCUUUCAUGCUUAAUCUUUCUUUGAGUACACUGUACAAAUAACUGCAAUGAGGGAUUUUCUACACAUACACAAGAGAACAAUGUUAGUGUAUCUUUGUUCUGUGUUUUUACAUAAAUAGCACUUUUAAUGCACUGUGUAAGCUACUAACAUUGGCCACAACCCUCCAUAUAGCCAACCUCUCAAGUCCUGUUGAUUCCCAUAGGUCUUCAGGGUAUAAUAUGUGGGAUUGUAGCCAG